AAGUGGCUCGAAUCUAGGCCACGGUUUGCUCCUUAGGACGGUCACAUCAGUGCACAAUGUCGGCGCCAGUUUGCCAAGUUCCAGGCGACGACAAGGAGGAGAAGCGCCUGGAUGUGCACAAGAACACCAGGCUUUGCAAGUUCUUUGCGAUGAGUGCAUGCACCCGUGGGACAGCCUGUGCCUUUGCCCACGGCUUGGAUCAGUUGCGCAAUCAACCUGACUUCUCCAAGACGCGGCUGUGUGCAGAUUUCGUUGAGUUGGGAAGCUGUUCAGAAGGCCGCAAAUGCAAUUUUGCACAUGGGAAGCAGGAACUCCGUCCAGGCUCUGCGGCGAAAGUGGGUCGGCCAUCGUCAAAGAUGGAGAAAGCAAGGUGCAAGGAGGUCAGCGAGGGUGAAGCUAGCCUGGUUGCAGCACAGGCAAUGAAGACCUUGCAGCUUCAACAGUCUCUACAUGAGCAAGCAGCACUGAAGCUGCUGAUGCAGUUCUCCAGCACGCACCCGACCAAGACGGAAGCUGACAAAGAUGACUGUCAGCUUAACGCGUCGACUUCCUUCAGUCGGCAAACCACUUGGGAAGGAACGGAAACUGCCUCAGCCGGAUUCAGCCGCGGCACCUCGCGUUCCAGUGACACGGAGAUGCCGGCCAAGACGUUCGACGCUCUCGCCGAGGAGUGUGACAAGACGGCCAAGCCACGCAAUUUGGAGAUCCUUGUGAAGAACACAUUCCUUGAAGUGAGAGAGCAGGAUGAAGAGGAUCGGGUGCUUCAGCGCACUCGCUCCCUGCCUCUUUUGUAAGAUUUAAGAUGCAAACCCAGAAUGUCCUGAAGUUAAGUCCCGGGCAUUCACCAAAAGGUUUAAGGCAGCGUAGGCACAUUUGGCCACAGCGCCGAUGUGUUUGCAGCGCCCAACUUUGUUUGUUAUGUGCGCGCGGGUGUCCCUUUUUUGAGUUGUUCCUUUAAGAAAGGCCGAGAGCGUCGUUCACGACGCGUCCGCCUUCCCAGCCUAUUUGCAGUCGGCCCGGUUUUGGGACUGCGGUUGCUGCGGACACGCUGCAUGUUUUUUAGUCAUUUGUCUGCGGCGCACGACAGAUGAACUUUCAGACAUCGGAAGCAAGUUCCUCGACAUGUCUUAUAGCUGUCAUCUAAGACUUUAAGAGCACCCCUCGCUGCUUCAGCGUGAUACUUGAUCUCGUGGUCAGGAAGUGCAUUCAGCACAAGGAAGAACUGCGUUGUUUCUUUGUUAUUUGGUGAAGUUGUGGGCUGUGCUGUUUGGUUUUGUUCGGAGAAGUCGCUGGCUUUUCGCAGUAGCUUUGCACGGUUGGGGAAGCACUCAACAGUUUGCAUGGCUCUGCGUGAAUAAGAGCUUCCGACAUCUCUGACAUGCUUUGUCUCUUUGCUUGGAAGGAGCUGAAUAUCGCUGCCAAGCACCGCCAAGCAUGUACAGCCUCGAAGCCUUCUCAACCGGAAGGCUAGAAACUAUAGCUUGCGGACACAUUCAACAUGUUGGG